AUGCCAGAGGAAUUAAGUCCAUUACAGCAAGAUGUACUCGAUAGGUAUUCAAAAUUAGCCAACAUUUUACAUUCAUUAGAUGAUACGUUGAAUGAGAUAAAUACUUCGUCGACGGAGUCCAGGACUUCCCCUGAAGAAGUUAUUAAUGAAAUGAGAGAAAUAGAGAUCAAGAUUGGGUUAGUUGGCACUUUACUUAAAGGUAGUGUGUAUUCAUUCAUAUUGCAACAGAAGAAACAAAAACAAGAGCAACAGCAACUACAACAAUAA